AUGACUAAAUCAGAUGAGCCUUCAUCUGUUACAAUGGAAGAAGUUUCGUAUGGAGCUGAGGAAUAUACCAAUGAUCCUUCAUUCGAAAUUGCUUGGGCAGUUAAGGCUGCUGAAAGAGCGAAUGUUCAUAUGAAUUUGUUGCUCACUUGCAAUACCGCAGAGUUAACGAUGCAUAAAAAAUGCAGUAUUAUUUAUGACAAAUUUCGAGAGUUCUUUCCAGAGAUGAAUGUUGAGAAGGUAACAGAAAUAGAAUUAAAGGGUGAAAAUAAGCAACGGUGGUUUACAUUCUGCGAGUAUUUUAAAGAAGAAGUAGAAGAUUAUAAUCUUGCAACAAUCAUGAGGAUAAGAGUCGAUGGUGCUUACAGCGAAUCAAAUACAAUUAUUGUUCCUAAGAUAAUUUUCCUGGCUGUGGAGAUCGCACGAAACAAAGAAGGUUUAAAUGAAAGAUGUAAGGAAAGUUUUAAAAUGGAACAUGAAAAAAUCAGACGUGAAGGAGGGAAUAUUUGUUAG